GGACAGUGUGGUGGCGGGCCGGGAGGGAGAGGCCAGACCAGGCUAGGCUGAGGAGAGAAAGCAAGCGCUGGAUUGUUAAAAAAUUUUAUGUUAACGCCAUAUAAUUGUGUUUAGCACAAUUCCCCAGCUGUUGACGUAAAAGAGACGCUGCAUACGGGUUCCCUGGGGAAGAUUCAGUAAAUGUACAGCGACAGAGACUUUUUUUUCUUUUUCUCCUUCUUGUUUAGCCUGUUAGCUCCGAAUGAGUGCAGGACGCUAGCUGGCUCCAUAGCUAGUGCAUUCACAUGGACGCCAAAAUGGCAGGAACCACAAACGCGGUUUAUAUCCUACGACUUUAGCUAACAGGUCUUUAAACAAGCUGUCAGCGAAAGAUUUUUUUAUGUAUGUAUAUAUAUAUUUAGCUUUUUCUUUUUAAACAUGUGCACUAACGCAGCGGCACUGCGCAAAAUUUAAAUCAAACUCGAACAUAGAUGGAGCAGGGGCGUUUGGGUUUUAGCUAGCUAGCACGGCUAGCCGGCCUGGCAGACACAUCAGAGCACAAAGAGAGAGAGAGAGAAAACAACAAGUAGUCGCAACACUUUUUAAAAAGAGCGGAUUUAAAGCGGGUUAAUUUACUAGCCUGUUUGCUUUAUGUGGGGAAGCAGCUAAAGCUAGCUAGUUAGCUAGCCGAGAUUGGCUUAGUGUUUUUGCGCCCAGUCCCAAAUGAAGGAGUAUAAAGUGGUGGUGUUGGGCAGCGGCGGCGUGGGCAAGUCCGCCCUGACCGUACAGUUUGUCACCGGCACAUUCAUAGAAAAAUAUGACCCGACCAUCGAGGAUUUCUAUCGGAAAGAGAUCGAGGUAGACUCGUCCCCUUCAGUGCUGGAGAUCCUCGACACCGCCGGAACCGAGCAGUUCGCCUCCAUGAGAGAUCUUUAUAUAAAGAACGGCCAAGGCUUCAUCCUAGUCUACAGCCUUGUAAAUCAGCAGUCGUUUCAGGACAUCAGACCAAUGCGUGACCAGAUAGUUCGAGUGAAGCGCUUUGAGAAAGUUCCGCUCAUCUUGGUGGGAAAUAAAGUGGACCUGGAAUCCGAGCGGGAGGUCGCUGGUUCCGAUGGCCGAGCCCUGGCGCAGGAGUGGGGCUGUCCCUUCAUCGAGACCUCAGCCAAGAGCAAGACCAUGGUGGAUGAGCUCUUUGCUGAGAUUGUGAGGCAGAUGAACUAUGCCACUUUGCCUGAGAAACAGGAGCAGUGCUGCACGGCGUGUGUGAUGCAGUGAGGUCCAUGGCCUUACCGCACACUCCACAGCCACUGCACCUGGCAGGAGGCCCUUUUGAACCAGUGUCUGCUUCAGUGAUGUUUUGACCCCAUGAGCCACACCAGUGUCACUGAGCCGUCUGAACUAGACUGACGAGGUCACCUGACAAGCCUUGGCUUUGCUGCAGCGUGAAGCAGGGACUUUGAAAUCUGACUUUCAUCAGUGUCUGUAUUGUAGAGCACAUAUAUAAUACAGUAUAUAUACAGUAUACUGGGUGUUUUUGGGAACUGCAUGAUGAGCAUCAGUGGGAGGGCAGAGGACUUUGGAAACAGGGCCAAAUGUGACAGGGCUAUUAAUAUCUAUUUUCUUAGAGGGGGAACUACAUUAUGUAUGAGCAGGAUUUCUGCAACCUGUAAAAUGCUGACGGUGCUCAGUUGUACAUCCCCAGAAUUUCUUUUAACAUUUUAUGUUCGAUAUCUACUUUUAAAAUGAUAGCCAUUACAGAGGUUUGAGGCCUGGACCAUCUAACUUUGCUUUUCUUCUGUUUUAUUUUUUAAGACUACAGUAUGUAUGCUUUUCCCCUCUUAUAGUAUAUUUAUUAAAAUGUUUAAUUACAAAGAUGGAUACAUAUUGAAUUUUUAUGUUCCAUUGGCCUUUUUGCUUUUUGUGACAGUAUGCAUUGUUUCUGAAAUGGAGCAUUAAUGACGCCUUAAACAAUUACACUUUCAAACUUG